AUGUCGGCGCCGGAAUCUACCACAGAAAAAGCCGUUCCUGGCUAUCCCACCACCACCGCUAGUUCUAGCAAUGGCGAGGAUAUCGCGGUAGACGAGUCCACGAGCGAUGACGAGCCCAAGUAUGUAUCAGGCCUUCGAUUAUGGGCCAUCAUGUGCAUUAUAUUCCUAGCCACGCUGGUAGCCGCCCUAGAUCUGGGUAUCGUCGCCACGGCUAUCCCAGGCAUCACGAGCGACUUCCACAGCCUUGACGACAUCGGCUGGUACAGCGGCACCAUUUUCAUUACUGUCGGCGCGGCCUCUCCCCUGAUUGGCAAGCUGUACAAGUAUUUUUCAGGGCGCUGGGUCUAUCUCGGCAACGUGAUCACGUUCCUGAUCGGCAGCCUCAUCGCCGCCCCGGCCCCAAAUAGUGUUGCCCUGAUUAUCGGGCGCGCUAUACAGGGAAUUGGUGUCGCUGGUGUGCUCGGUGGCUCAGUGCUUAUGAUAACCUACAUUGCUGAACCCAAGCUGCGGCCUAUGAUGAUCGGCGUGUGGACUGGUGUGCUCAUGCUUUCGACCGUCCUUGGCCCCCUGGUCGGCGGGGCCUUCACAACUAACGUGAGCUGGCGGUGGUGCUUUUGGAUCAACCUGCCUAUCGGCGGCCUCAUUAUAGUUAUGGUGCUGCUAUUUUUCCACAUGCCCAAGCACAUCAAGCCCACGCCGGCUACAUGGAAGGUAAUUCUGAAGCAUCUUGACCUCCCAGGAUUUGUUGUUCUACUCGUAUCAGUUGUCCUGUUUACGCAGGCCAUGCAGUGGGGAGGCCAGACCAAGUCAUGGAGUGAUGGCUCCGUCAUCGCUACCCUUGUCAUGUGGAUCGUCUUAACCAUUGCCUUCGUUGGUAUCGAGUGGUUUCAAGGUGAAUACGCCAUGAUCCCAUUGAGAAAUCUCAAGCCACGCCUGUUUUGGACCAACGCCUUGUAUGGCUGGUUCGUGAAUCUUGCCGAUUUCCAGGCCCUCUUCUAUCUUCCAAUAUACUUCCAAUCCAUCCAAGAGCAGUCAGCCAUUACGAGCGGCGUGAACACAAUCCCAUUUGUCGCUCUCUUUGCUCUAGGGUCCCUGACUAGUGGAUUCAUUGUCUCAAAGACAGGUCAUCUGCAGCCUAUGCAGCUCGCCAGUGGGCUGCUAGCUACUGCCGGUGCCGCCUUGCUUUACACCAUGGAUGUCAACUCUGACAAGGGCCGUUACAUCGGGCCUCAGAUACUCCUAGGUUUCGGUAUCGGACUCGGAAACCAGAUUCCUAUGACAGCCUAUCAGUUCUUCUCCACGCCCGAAAACGUCCAGGAGAAUACUGGUAUCAUGCUCAUGACUAACGGCAUGAGCGGUGCCUUCUUUGUCACGGCGGCGUCGUGCAUUUUUACCAACCGAAUGCUGCAGACGGUUCUCAGCCUGCGCCCCGAUAUGGACCGGCAGACAAUUCUGCAGACCGGAGCCUCUGAGAUCUAUGCUGUUUUCCACGGCGCCGAUCUGGCCGCGGUGCGCCAGGCAUACAUGGUGGGCAUUAAGGAUGUCUUCGCUUUCUCUAUCGCCGGCGCAGCUUGCACCGCAGUAUUGCCGCUUAUCAUCCCGAGGAAAAAGUUGCCUGGCCAUGAGAAAAAGGAAGUUGAUGCGGAGGAAGCUGAGACGUCUUUAUAA